ACAGUAACCAUUGCCGGUGAAAUCAAACGUGAACCCUUUUCUCUCCAUAUGCUGUGAAAUCCAUAAUUCUGAAUUGUGGCGAAUUUUUUUUGUAGCAGAGAGACAGAGUGGCGGGUAAAAUAACAACACUGCCACGGUUUUUUGUUUUCACCAAAUCUCGUUGCCAACAAUGCAAGUUAGCAACGUGCUCUGAGAUUGACGCAACAUCUUCACAAUCAUUAUCAUUCCCUAUUGUUAUGUGCCGUCCUUCACGCUCAAAAGCGUCUCAUAAUUCUGCUCUCAGAUCUGACUCACACGCUGACCACAACAACGGAAGCACACCUAUAGGUCCUAUAAUACAACAGUGCUGAUACAAUGAAGAAUAUAAUUUCGCCUGUGCAAAGUGCUAUGCCAUCUCCAACUUUUCUGUGGAGGUUCAAGGUGACACUCUUUCUGAUAUUGGGCUGUACUUGCUGCAAGAUUGGUUGGGAUUCUGUCAUGAGAAUGGAUGCAAAUUUGCGAGAUCUGUUUUUAUAUGAGGCAUUUUUGUAUUACAACCCUCUCCUUCUUGUGACUAUGAUGGUCUGGCUUUGGGGAGUAAAUUUGUGGGUAUUUCUACAAUCUAGCGUAAGCUAUGCCAAAGUUUUCGAUGUUGAUCAAAACCACCUUACUCACAAAGAGAUAUGGAAGUGUAGCACUUGGAUGACAAUCAUUGUCCCUACUAGCAUGACUGCAUAUCUCUAUCUCUAUUCUCAUGGGGAAGUAUCAUUGGCUGCAUCUCAACCAGUGCUUCUCUACAUUCUUGUUGCCAUAAUCUUGAUCUUUCCCUUUGAUAUUUUUUAUUUGUCUUCUCGUUACUUCUUUUUGAGGACAUUGUGGCGGAUAGCUUUUCCCUUGCAGCCAAUAACAUUUCCAGACUUUUUCGUGGCUGAUAUUUUAACCUCCAUGGCAAAGGUGUUUUCAGAUUUGGAACGUUCAGUUUGUAGAAUGGUAAACAGACAGGUUGCCACAAUUGCUUGGCUCGAAGCUGAUUCAGUUUGUGGUAGUCACUCAGUUGCAAUACCUAUAGUUCUUGUUCUUCCUUACAUAUGGCGUUUAUUGCAAUGUCUUCGCCAGUACAGAGAUACCAAAGAAAAAAAUUGCCUCUUCAAUGCUUUAAAAUAUUCAACAGCAGUCCCAGUAAUUUUUCUUUCAGCCCUUAAAUACCAUGUCCUCCCUGAGAAAUGGACCACUCUUUAUCGACCAAUGUGGCUCCUCUCAAGUGUUAUUAAUUCUCUCUAUUCAUUUUACUGGGAUAUAACCAGAGAUUGGGAUUUAAGUGGCUUUUCUCGCAUAUUCAAGUUCAACAAGCCAAAUCUUAUUUCCAACUUGUUAUAUGGUCGACAAUGGAUAUACUUUUGGGCGAUUGGAAGCAACUUUGUUCUGCGCUGUUCAUGGACUUACAAAUUGUCAGCCCAUCUCCGCCAUAACUACCUGACAGUGUUUACUAUCACUCUUUUAGAGAUGCUCCGACGAUUCCAGUGGGUAUUUUUUAGAGUUGAAAAUGAGUGGAAUAAGAUUACACGGUCCGGUGUUCAACUCACAGAAAUUCAAAGAGAGGAGGAGAAAUUGCUAGGCUCCAACAUUCAUGAUGUAUAGAGAAUCUCAGCCAACCAAAUUUUGCCAAUAUCUUCAUAUCAGCAACAGGUCUAAUUCAAUUUUUAUGCUAAUAAUAGUUCUAAUCCCAAAAGCAUUUUUCUUCAUGUGUUCCUGGCCUACCAACAUGGGGAGUUUUCAUGCAUAUACAUGGAUGUCUGAGAUUCAUAGAGAUAGUUGAUUCCAUUGCUGAAGCAGCCCUUGGCUCAGUCAUGCCUUGUUAUUCUUUCUUUUGGAGUGGAAAGAGCAUUGCUCUCAGACAGAAGGAAGUCUCAGCGGUUCAAUGAAAGAUGAAGAAGCCAGCAUAUAGUUGCAUGCACAUUUUCACACUUUUCGUACAUGAGGAGCUGCACGAAUUGUACUUGAGAACAAUGGUGGCCAUAAUAGAUGGUGCAUUCAUUUUUUUCCCCUUAUUUUUUUGUGGUUCUUUAAAGUAUAUUAUUAGCAUUUGUAACAAGAGAACGGACACAAAAGCUAGCUUUGCUGAAUACAGAGUUAAAAAGGAUACUUAGCUAGCUUUGCUGAAUACAGAGUUAAAAAGGAUACUUAG